UUACUAUAAAUAGUUAAGGGCCACUUGAAAAAGUUAUCAUUUCGCUUAUAUCCUUUCAGCAGAGCAAGAUCCCCAAUACUCCCACUCAAUCAACAUGGUUAGUUUCGAAGAAGCCUGUGAAUUGGCCAAGAACUUCUCCAAGAAGCCCAGCGACUCUGAAUUCUUGGAAUUCUACGGUCUCUUCAAACAGGCCACCGUUGGUGAUGUCAACAUCGAGAAGCCCGGUGCCUUGGAUUUGAAAAAGAAGGCCAUGUGGGAAGCCUGGAACUCGCACAAGGGUUUGUCCCAAGAGGCUGCCAAGGAGGCCUAUGUCAAGGUCUACGAAAAGUAUGCCCCCAAAUAUGCCUAAGCAGUUAACAGAGAUCACAGCAGUUGCAUAAGAAUCAUGGUUAAGGAAUUAAACAAAUUUAAGCGGAUGACCAAAGAAAUAGAAUAAACAAAAUUAUAUUUAUUAACAAACA